AUGAGGCUGCUGGUGGCGCUGGCUUGGCUCAGCCUGGUGCUCCUGGUUCUACUGAUCCAUCUCGGGGAGGUGGCGCCGCAGCCUUGCCCGGCUCAGUGCUCCUGUUCCGGCAGCACCGUGGAUUGUCAUGGGCUGGCGCUGCGGAGUGUCCCGAGGAACAUUCCUCGCAACACCGAGAGGCUGGAUCUUAAUGGAAAUAAUAUCACAAGGAUCACCAAGACUGAUUUUGCUAGCCUAAGGCACCUUCGAGUUCUUCAGCUCAUGGAAAAUAAGAUUAGUACAAUUGAGAGAGGAGCGUUCCAGGAUCUGAAAGAGCUAGAGAGACUGCGUCUAAACAGAAAUAAUCUUCAGCUCCUUUCUGAGUUGCUGUUUCUUGGGACUCCAAAGCUCUACAGACUGGACCUCAGUGAAAACCAGAUUCAUGCCAUUCCAAGGAAGGCUUUUCGUGGAGCUGUAGACAUUAAAAACUUGCAACUGGAUUACAACCAGAUCAGCUGUAUUGAAGAUGGGGCAUUUAGGGCUCUCCGCGAUCUGGAAGUACUCACUCUCAACAAUAACAACAUCACACGACUCUCAGUGGCAAGUUUCAAUCACAUGCCCAAACUCAGAACCUUCCGACUGCACUCCAACAACCUCUAUUGUGAUUGCCAUCUGGCUUGGUUAUCUGAUUGGCUGCGUCAGCGACCUCGGGUUGGCCUCUAUACCCAGUGCAUGGGCCCAUCACACUUAAGGGGUCACAAUGUAGCUGAAGUUCAGAAAAGAGAAUUCAUCUGCAGUGGUCAUCAGUCUUUUAUGGCUCCCUCCUGCAGCGUCUUGCACUGCCCCGCUGCAUGUACCUGUAGUAACAACAUUGUGGACUGCCGUGGGAAAGGACUUACGGAGAUCCCAACCAAUCUGCCAGAAACCAUAACAGAAAUACGGUUGGAGCAAAAUUCAAUCAAGGUUAUUCCCCCUGGAGCUUUCUCACCAUAUAAAAAGCUUCGAAGAAUUGAUCUAAGCAAUAAUCAGAUCUCAGAAGCAGCACCAGAUGCUUUCCAAGGCCUGCGCUCACUAAAUUCACUUGUUCUCUAUGGAAACAAAAUCACAGAACUUCCCAAAGGCCUAUUUGAAGGACUUUUCUCUCUUCAGUUGCUAUUACUAAAUGCUAACAAGAUAAAUUGCCUGCGAGUAGAUGCUUUCCAAGACCUGCACAACUUGAACCUUCUCUCUUUGUACGAUAAUAAGCUGCAAACCAUUGCAAAGGGCACCUUUUCCCCACUACGAGCAAUUCAGACCCUGCAUUUGGCUCAGAACCCAUUUAUUUGUGACUGCCAUCUGAAGUGGCUGGCGGAUUAUCUCCAUACAAACCCUAUUGAAACCAGUGGUGCCCGCUGCACCAGCCCCCGCCGUCUGGCAAACAAAAGGAUUGGGCAGAUCAAAAGCAAGAAAUUUCGCUGUUCAGCGAAAGAACAGUAUUUCAUUCCAGGAGUUCACCAUUUGGGCUGCACAGAAGAUUAUAGAUCCAAACUAAGUGGAGACUGCUUUGCAGACCUGGCUUGCCCUGAAAAAUGUCGCUGUGAAGGGACAACAGUUGACUGUUCCAAUCAAAAGUUCAACAAGAUUCCUGACCACAUUCCUCAGUAUACAGCAGAAAUACGACUCAACAAUAAUGAAUUCACAGUGCUGGAGGCAACAGGGAUCUUUAAGAAACUUCCUCAACUGCGUAAAAUAAAUCUGAGCAAUAACAAAAUCACAGAUAUUGAAGAAGGAGUAUUUGAAGGAGCAUCUGGUGUCAAUGAGCUGUUGCUUACCAGUAACCGGUUGGAGAAUGUCCGGCACAAAAUGUUUAAAGGACUAGAAAGUCUCAAAACGUUAAUGUUAAGGAGCAAUCGCAUUAGCUGCGUCAGCAAUGAUAGUUUCACAGGCCUGAGUUCUGUUCGAUUACUGUCCUUAUAUGAUAACCAAAUAACUACAAUUGCUCCUGGUGCCUUUGAUACACUCCAUUCUCUGUCCACACUAAACCUCUUAGCCAAUCCUUUCAACUGCAACUGCCACUUAGCAUGGCUGGGAGAAUGGCUGCGGAAGAAGCGCAUCGUAACGGGGAACCCUCGCUGCCAGAAGCCCUACUUUUUAAAAGAAAUUCCUAUACAAGAUGUUGCCAUUCAAGAUUUCACUUGUGAUGAUGGAAAUGAUGACAACAGUUGCUCUCCAGUCUCCCGCUGUCCUGUGGAAUGUACUUGUCUAGAUACCGUUGUUCGUUGUAGCAACAAAGGUCUGAAGACAUUGCCUAAAGGCAUCCCCAAAGAUGUAACUGAACUUUACUUGGAUGGAAACCAGUUUACCCUUGUCCCCAAAGAACUUUCAAACUACAAGCACUUAACUCUUAUAGAUUUAAGUAACAACAGAAUCAGCACUCUUUCUAACCAGAGCUUCAGCAACAUGACUCAGCUGCUUACAUUAAUUCUCAGUUACAAUCGUCUCAGAUGUAUUCCAGCACGGACAUUUGAUGGCUUGAAGUCACUUAGGUUGCUGUCCUUACAUGGCAAUGAUAUUUCUGUUGUUCCUGAAGGGGCUUUCAAUGAUCUUUCAGCAUUAUCACAUCUUGCCAUUGGGGCAAAUCCACUUCACUGUGACUGUAACAUGCAGUGGCUGUCUGACUGGGUAAAGUCAGAAUACAAAGAACCAGGCAUAGCCCGAUGUGCUGGUCCCGGAGAAAUGGCUGACAAGCUACUUCUCACCACUCCAUCAAAAAAAUUCACUUGUCAAGGUCCAGUGGAUUUCAGUAUCCUUGCCAAAUGUAGUCCCUGCUUAUCAAAUCCAUGCAAAAAUGAUGGAACUUGUAAUAAUGACCCUGUGGAUUUCUAUAGAUGCACCUGUCCCUAUGGUUUCAAGGGCCAGGACUGCGAUGUUCCAAUUCAUGCCUGCAUUAGCAACCCUUGUAAACAUGAGGGGACUUGUCACUUAAAAGAAGGCGGAAAAGAUGGAUUUUGGUGUGCCUGUGCAGAUGGAUUUGAAGGUGAAAACUGUGAAGUUAACAUUGAUGAUUGUGAAGAUAAUGAUUGUGAAAAUAAUUCAACCUGUGUAGAUGGCAUCAACAACUAUACUUGCUUGUGUCCACCUGAAUACACAGCUGCUAAUAUGAAUGAAGUGGAAAAAGGUGAGCUGUGUGAAGAGAAGCUGGAUUUCUGUGCCCAAGACCUGAACCCCUGUCAGCAUGACUCAAAGUGCAUCCUGACACCCAAAGGAUACAAGUGUGAUUGCACACCUGGCUAUGUAGGAGAGCACUGUGAUGUUGACUAUGAUGACUGCCUAGACAACAAGUGUAAAAAUGGAGCACAAUGUACUGAUGCAGUGAAUGGUUACACAUGCAUAUGCCCUGAAGGGUACAGUGGACUUUUUUGUGAGUUUUCACCACCAAUGGUCUUACCACGCACCAGCCAAUGUGAUAAUUAUGAGUGUCAAAAUGGAGCUCAGUGCAUCAUCAAAGCCAGUGAGCCAAUCUGUCAGUGUUUGUCAGGUUACCAGGGUGAUAAAUGUGAAAAGCUGGUCAGCAUAAACUUUGUGAACAAAGAAUCCUAUUUGCAAAUUCCUUCAGCAAAGAUUCAUCCUCAAACCAAUAUCACUCUCCAGAUUGCUACAGAUGAGGAUAGUGGGAUCCUGCUAUAUAAAGGUGACAGAGAUCAUAUUGCAGUGGAACUGUACCGUGGACGGGUGAGAGUUAGCUAUGACACCGGAUCAUAUCCAGCAUCUGCCAUUUACAGUGUUGAGACAAUCAAUGAUGGGAAUUUCCACAUAGUCGAAUUACUGGCCAUGGAUCAGAUUCUGUCCUUGUCUAUUGAUGGAGGAAGUCCCAAGAUCAUCACUAACUUGUCUAAACAAUCUACUUUGAAUUUUGACUCCCCGCUCUAUGUAGGAGGCAUGCCUCUGAAGAAUAAUAUUGCUGCUCUACGCCAGUCCCCAGGUCAAAAUGGCACUAGCUUUCAUGGUUGUAUCCGUAAUCUAUACAUCAAUAGUGAACUGCAGGACUUUAGGAAUGUUCCUCUGCAAGUUGGCAUACUUCCAGGCUGUGAACCCUGUCAUAAGAAAGUGUGUGUCCAUGGAACCUGCCACGCCACUAGCCAGUCAGGAUUCACUUGUGAGUGUGAUGGAGGAUGGAUAGGCCCUCUUUGUGAUCAACAAGCCAAUGAUCCGUGCCUAGGAAAUAAGGACAUGGGGGAGUCCUCUGUGAUGAAGAUGAAGAACUGUUUAACCCCUGCCAGUCCAUCAGAUGUAAACAUGGUAAAUGCAGGCUUUCAGGCCUUGGGAAACCAUAUUGCGAAUGCAGCAGCGGAUAUACUGGGGACAGCUGUGAUAAAGCCAAAUCCAAUGAUUCUGCUCCUAGUUUUAUCACAAACUCUACUUUUGACCUCUCAUCUUCAACUGAUUUAUCACAGCGAAUUAUACAGAAAUCUCUUGUCGAGGGGAACGAAUCAGAGAUUACUUCCAAAAGCAGCAAGGUUAUGCCGCGUGCCAGACGACCAAGAAGGUAUCGAGACUAGAAUGCAGAGGAGGGUGUUCAAGUGGGCAGUGCUGCGGGCCAUUGAGGAGCAAGAGGCGGAAAUACUCUUUUGAAUGCACUGAUGGGUCCUCAUUUGUGGACGAGGUUGAGAAGGUGGUGAAGUGUGGCUGUACAAAGUGCCCCUCCUAAAGCGUGUCUCGUUUGCCCCACUUGUCUUUUUUUGGAAAAUGUUGUAUACUUAUUGACCAUGUCGGACUAAUUAAUGCUUCAUAGUGGAAAUAUUUGAAAUAUAUUGUAAAAUACAGAACAGACUUAUUUUUAUUAUGAGAAUAAAGACUUUUUCUUCAAUUGCAACAAAAAAAAAAAUCAAGUGCUUGAACUGAGACUUCUUGUAACCAAGAGGAGCUCUGAAGAAAAAAAAAAUUAAAAUAAAGACCUGGUAACAUUUCAACACUUAUGGGAAAUUUAACUGCUUUUAACAUCAAUCCUUCUUUAUAACAUGUUGGAGAUAAACAGACACUCUGCCCAAGUGACUUUCAACCCAACUGUCUUAUUGAUGAAAAUUCAACCAGAUUAUGAUACUUUUUUAAAAACGUCCUUAACAGUAGAUUUAUCUCUCUCUCUCUUGCUCUCUCAUUCUUGACAAGACCAUAUCAAACUCUUCCAGGAUGUAGGAGAAAGAGUGGCGGGUGAAAAGAAUCAAUUUGUGCAAGUUUAACCAAUUAUAUGUGAUGAAUUUUGUAUGGCGUAAAUAAUCAAGUCAGGAAAAUAGGGAAUUUCGUCUCCCAGACAGAAGAGGAUGCACCAUAACCCUAAAAUCUCCUGAUGUUAUACUUUUACGUCGGCAUGUUAGCAAAAGAAGAAAUCAAAUAAGUGUUUAUCUACCCUUUUCCAGUAUUAAUUUUCUUUGUAAUAUAAUGUUAAGGGGAUGAUAAAAAUAGAUUAUUGUUGGAAAAAUUAGGUAUAAUAUGGAGUUUUGUUUCUAUGAGUUCUGAACAGCUCUAUACAGUAUUCAGUUUAUUGAGAAAUAUUUAUUGUAUCAAAGUACAUUGUACUUAACAUUUUAGGCCACCCCUUUUACUGUUUUUUCAAUGCUUUAAUAUAUAUUAAUUUAUAUUUGUCCUGAUAUUUUUGUAUUUCCCAGUUUUUAUAUAUAUAUAUAUAUAUAUACACACACACACACACAAAUAUAUAUAUAUAUAAAGACUUAAAAUCAGGAUAUUUGCAAUAGGACUAACAUAGUGUGUUCUCAUGGAGUAUAUAGAUUUGGUGGGUUUUUAAUUGUUUUCCCCCUUAGCAACCUAUCAUCUGGUGUUACUGAUAGAACAGGAUGCUGGAAGCAACAACAGAUUAUAGUUUUCAUGGUAGCAAAGAACUGGGGCACUUCUCAAGUCCUUGUAAUGUGUAAGGGGGAAAUGUCUUUACAGUAGAUGGCAAGUGUAUAGAAGUGAACAUUUCCCUAAAUAUACAUUAUUUUACAGAAAAUGAAAUGAUGUGUAGAAAAUGACACUAGAAAAUAGAUAUUUACGAACUAAUAUUCCCUUGAAGUUCCUUACCUUUAAAAUUAAAAAGAGAGAGGCUGUAUUACCAAGAACUGUGACUUCCCCAAAAAUAUUAAAACUACUUUAGUGCCCUAAUGUAUCCCUUUGUUAACAUGUUGCUGCUAAAUCACAAUAUAGAAUUGGAAAUAAUUCUUCAUAGUGGGUUUGUGUUCUUUUUUUCAGUAAAUCUCGGGGUACCCUCUAAAAAGGGUUUUUUAAAAAAAAAUUAAAAAGAAAAAGUUAGAUGUACAUGUGUAAUACCGUGUUGCUUUGUCUCAUUUGGACUGAUAUCAGUAUCUUUACUGAUGUUUGUAAAUUAAACAGAUAUUUACUUCUG